AUUAAGGCCCUAGAUCAUCCAAGACCCUGUGCACUAGGGAAUUCUAUACUCGUAUUCUCUGCUCGACUGAAAUCGUGAAGGAUAGCAGGCGGGUUACGAGCGUUCGCACGACGCCUCCAUUGUUCUCAGACCCCGGUCCGCAACCAUCACCGAUCUACCUGAUAUGGUCCGAAGAAGGCGACGCUUAAGCGCUUCACUCUUGACCUCACGCAUCGGCUGCCAUGGGUCAGUGGCAUCAGGCCCUCAUCAUCGCGAAGGUCAAGCCGCACGACGGAGAGAAACCUCGCUACAGGUGUCUCGGUUCCAUCUACCACUCUUGGUGCUAUGGCUCGCUCCCAGUCAAAGGCGCUCACCGGUUCAUCACCCUGAUCAAGCAGGAGCUGAACGCGCGGAUUGUGCAGGAGGAGCUGGAUGCCGUGCAGGGCAAGUAUGGCGCAUAUGCGAAGGAGGAGCCGAAGGUUCCUGAUGUACCAUGCCCGUACACGACGUCCUUACUGAACAUGGCCUUCAACGCCGACCACGACGAGAACAGCCUCAGCUUGAGCGGCCGCUGGUUCUCGAGUGGUUCAUACAGGAAUGUCUGCUCUGCAUCCAUGGGUUGCUGGUCUAUGCAUAACGACGACGGCCUCACCAUCAUUGACAUCACUCAUCCGCUCAGUGCGAGGUACUGCUUUCUGCGCGGGCGCGAGACACAGAUCAAGUGCUCGAGGAUGAAGCCGCUCAAUGCCAGAGAGUACCUUACUGCGUACUACAGAGACGAGGACAAGACGAGCGGGAGGUGGAAGAGCUACGAGCAGCUGAUCGCGCUCAUGGACGGUUUUCCGCUCAUCAGUGGGGCCGCUCUUGGGCAAGCAUGGCCCAGAGAGUAUCGCGAGCAGCGUCUCCGUACAAACCAUGAUGACGAGCUUGACGCUGCCAGGGCUAGGCGCGCCAAGGCAAGAGUGACGACUGAUCUGGCGGUAGGAGAAGUCAACUCGGAGCCGUGCAACGACGCUCUCGAGGUCCCUUCUCUCGCCUCUCUUAUUCUGGGGCCAUCAAUCAAGCAGGCCCUAGAGACAGGCGAUGCGGCGAGCGCUGUUCCGAUUCUCCAGCACGCAGAGAAUAUCCCGAAAAUGAUGGAGGCGAUACGCAGCGUCGAGGGUCCGUUUCCGGAUGUUUCCGUCCCCGUAUUGGCGACGACCAUCGAGCUUGCCCCCGGUGGAGUAGUUGAUCUCUCCGGCGUUCAACUCACAGGGGAACAGCUUCUGCGCGUCUUACCCACUAACAAACCUCUGGAGACGCUCGAUGUAUCUGGCAACACGGCCCUCGACGGCGACGGCCUCCGCAUCAUCCUCGAGGCGAAGAUUCGGAUCCGCCGCCUCAUCGCUAUCCGCACCAGCGUAUCCGACGAUUCAGUGGUUUCCAUGCUUAACACCCCCGUCUUAUUCGCCUACAUCGACGAGUUCAUCCACCCCCUUCUCUACUCCUGGCGAAACGGGCCUGAAUACUCUUGCGCAUUCUCCAUCUUUGACCCCUCCAUCGACCACAGAAUCGACGGAGUAUCGGGGCACAUUUCCGUCGCCAUAUUCUCCGUUAGCCAGAUCGCGCAGAACCUCCGGGUGCUUGUUGAUAGCGCGCUCUCAGAGGACAGUCGCUUCUGCUCCAAGGGAGAGGCGCUGCUCGAGGCGGGUCUCACCGCCGGUGUCAUCCCGCGAGGAAAGGCGUGGGGAGAGCGUCCGGUGUGGUGCACGGCCGCGCACGAGGACCCACCGACGCCUCGGACCGGAAGCUGGGAAUUCUACUUCAAACCCGGGCAUGGUCCUUGUUAUCCCACAAUCUAUGGCUUUUGCCACUAUGACGGCCCGUCUGACGAGGGGAAGGUCCCGCCGGCCGUGGCAUAUUCCUUGGACGACUUUCUAAAGCGGCUCGAGGAGGAUGGGUAUCCUGCUCCCUCGCCGGAGGACGUGGCAUCCUUGCGGGAAACGUAUAAGAAACUAGAAGACUCAGGUGCAUUACAUGUAUCUACUUGAUAGCCCGUCGAAACGACAAUUGUAACAUCGUAAUUAACGUUGAUUGUUGUGGGUCCCUCGC